AACCUUGCCUAUGAUACUGUAAGGUUUUUAUCCUCUCUUCCGGUGCAGCAUGCAAGAGUCAGUGCUCAGACUGCGGAAAGUUCAGUUCUUAAGAAACUCUGCGAGUGUACUCCAACAUUCUGUGAAGAUGUUUCGCUUGUUGGUGCUUAUAAGCAUAAUAGGAUGUGUUGAACUGAUCACAGUCACGACUCCGCAGAAAUAUGUCAAUGUUACAAGGGGUGGAAGUGUCCUACUCCAAUGUAUGUUUGUGACCACUGAGCAGACCAACGGCCUCACCAUCCAGUGGGAUUUUAUUUCACCGUCCUCCAUGAGGCCACAGCAGGUGUAUUACUAUCAAUCAGGAAAGGAUGUCAUUACAAGAUCUUAUGAGGGCAGGCUUCAGCCUCCCUCUUCUCCCGGCACGACCAACAACGCCUCAGUAGUAAUAAGCGACAUGCAACCAUCAGAUGCCGGAGUCUACACCUGUGAGGUUCACAACUUUCCUGAUGUGGACGGACAGUCACAGGCCAAUAUCAUUGUGAAUGUUCUUGAGAGGCCCUCUGCUCCAUAUUGCUCCGUCCACGGUGACGUGGAAUCGGGUCACCUGGUCACUCUGACCUGUCACAGUGAGCGUGGGAGCCCGACCCCGACGUACACCUGGAUCAGACUGGAUCAGACUAAGACAAGGAGGCCUGUACUGGGAAGAAUGACCAAAACUGGAAUCCUGGAAAUCAGAAACAUAUCCCAGUUUGAGUUUGGGGAGUACCAGUGCAACGCUACAAAUGUGGUGGGAUUUUCAACUUGCACUAUAGAGCUGAAUCACGAAGUGGGAGAUGGAGUGAUUGCUGGUGCAGUGAUCGGCGCGUUGCUCGGGUGUGUCCUAAUCGUCCUGGUCGUGUGGUUCAUCGCUCACACUGUGAAGAAACACAAAUACAAAGCGGUCAAAGUAUCCGAGGCCAACGAGAUGAAGAGGAGCCCUCCUCAGGCCCAAGAAGCCUCAGAUAGCGUUCCCGUGGCAACCGCAGCCAGCAACCUCCAUGCUGAGGGAGAUGAGCCACAAGCCUAAAAAAAGGCCUGUUGAAAUCAACAGGAGCAACGUCACUAUUCUGAAUAACAGGAUCCAUGAUGUUCAGUCUCUAACAUACGUCAUUAAAUAUAAUCAAUAUGAUGGAGCUCAUGUUCAGGUUUGAAGUUGCAUUCUGUUACAGGUUUUCUGAAUCUAGAAAGGUACUAUGCUUACCAUUAAUUGAAUCUUUAACAGCUUUUUUCAUGUGCCAUUUUUUUAACUUGAAAUUUGCUUGAAUGUAGACACAAUGUUUGUCGGGCUUUUGUUUUACCUCAACUAUUACUUCUCAUAGUUAGUAUGGCAUUCAAACUAUGUUGUAUUGACCAGAGUCUGCAUCAUGCAAAUGAUCAGUGAGAUAAGCAACAAGCUCAUUCCAUUCCUUUUUUUUUAAUAUAAGACAUUAAUGUGUUUUAAAACCUAAUGAUAAAAGCAUACAUUCAAAUUUAAUCUUUUAAAUGAUAAAAUAUCUUAAGUAUUACAACUACUAUAGAAAACUGGAUCCUUUACCAGUUAAUGGAUAUAACAAUGGGCUUCCAGAUCGAUUUUUAGUUGAUCUUUGGUAAUACAAACUAUCAAGCAGCUGUGGAUGAAGUAUGACUUUUUUAUGUAAUAACGUUCAAAGAUCCUGAUUAAAUAAAAUAGUGUUUUCUGA